AUGGAGACGGUUGAGAGUUUGAUCCCCCCUCGCGACACAGGGGACAGUGAUCAGGAAUGGGAGAAGCCGGACGACGAAGUUGCCUUGGCUCGUGCUACCUUGGCCCACAAUGUCCAUGCCCACGAGGAUGAGUCGGCCAAUUCGGCAUUGGCUUCCUUCACGACUUUGGAGGUGGAUGACACCAGCAUGGACUUGCGACUCCAGGAAAUGGAAGCUGCCAUGAAAAGGCUGUUGGCCAAGGGCAGCGAGAUGGUGGCGGUCACGGAGGACACCACCAUGGACACCACGGGAUCAGAGGUGCCCACCACAGGUGACUUUGUCCCUGAGGGUGCUGCUACUGAUGACCCCAUGGACAAGCCGGCGGUGCCAACCACAGGUGACUUUGUCCCUGAGGGUGCUGCGGCGGACGACCCCAUGGAUAGGCCCGAGGUGCCAACCACAGGUGACUUUGUCCCUGAGGGCGGCGACACGGUGGCCAAGGAUGAUGCCACCAGGCCCCGGCCCUACUCGGCCCUGCCCGCCGGCUCCCUGGAGGAGAAGGUCUUCAAAAUCGAGGGCUUCCCGGACAACUUCCCCGGCAUCGGCAAGAAAAGUGCAGACUGGGCCCAGCAAUUGACAAAGGAGGAGAUCGCCUCCUUGUUCUCCGAGCUCAAGGCGGAGCAGUGGAGCCGCCCGGCUGUGGAACGAGAGAAGAUGCUGGCCGCCCCCUACAACCGUGCUCGCAGAGGAGUGGGGCACAGCAGCAUGGGCCAACUUGACCCGGGCAGCACGGGGGCUACCCUCAUGUGCCCGAACUGCUUCUCCGACUGGCAGCGGCAGGACAACAAGGUGGAGGGGAAGUGUAAGCUCUGCCAGAAGUCGGUCAUCGCCGUGGACAAGGGCCCGCCUUCGGCAGAGAUCAAGCUAGGCCAGUCGUCCUGGCGAAUGUUUUGUGGCCCCAAGGGUGUCACGUGGCACACGGAUGCAGACGAGGCCCAGAAGGAAGCCGCCUCCGUGGACAUUGGCUCCUGGGCCCAGCCGCCACCCAGGCCCACGGAUCAGAAGGAGCUGAGCUUUGCCGACCAGGUGCCUAUGGCCCUGAGGCUUAGCUUGGCUCACACGGUGGCAACACAGCCCUUCGACGAGGUGCAGUUUGCCGACAAGGAGGCAGGGGACAGACCCCACCUCCGGGGUGAUUGGCAACCAAGCCAGGAGACGAGGGCUUUCCAUCCCCAGCUGGCGGCGGCGAUGGACAUCACCAAGAAGAGCUCGGGCCCGGUGGACAAACAGCCCAAGAAGCCCACGGAAGAGGAGUUCUUGGAUCACAUCAACCCCCAGCUGGAUGUGAUCGUGGAGAUGCAGGCGGGUGCACAGAGUGUCGAGGAGGCAAAGGGUGCGUCAAUCCUCCGGCAGCUGGAUACAGAGAAGCUUCGUUCCCUCCUUAAGCGAAAUUACCUGCAGGGCCCUGGGAACCAGGGUGACGAGUUUUUCGCUGCGCAGACUAGCCUGGAAGAGGCCAAGGCCUCGAACAAGCGCAUGCAGGAUGAGGGAUCCCAGCGCUCCCAGCUCCUUCGGCCGGUGGCGGACUCCAUUGAUGCCUGGGGCACCCAGCUGCGCGCGGCCCUGGAGAUGAACGUGUUCAACCCGGAGUGCCCACUCAAGGACAUGGAGCUUGACGACAUCGAGGCCCUUAAGGAAAGGUACUUGAACACGAAGUUCCUGCUGAACCAGAGCAGGAAUCCGUUCCCUGCCUCUCUUCUGCAAGAGCUUCCCACUUUGGCCGCUCUGCAGCGUGAGGGUGAGCGCGUCGCCCGGGACUCCGGCGAGGGGCUGUCUUCCACAGGUGCCUUUGGCCCUGAGGAGCAGUCCCCGGAGGCAGUUCUGGGAGUUCCGGUGGGCUCGGUCGAGUUCCAGAUGCUUCGCCUCAAACGUAUCAUCGAGCUGCACAUGGGGGAGCAGCGCAUGAUCGGGGGCAGAUGGAAGCAGCACCCGGGGCCCCUUGAGCCCCCUACGUGGGCAAAGCCCCUGCCCGAAGGGGAGAAGAUCAUGCUGGAGAUGAGGACACACCCCAGCUCCUUCAGGCAGCCCUUCUUCGAGCCGAUUGCCCUCACCAUGGAGGAGAUUGAGGCACAGGUUGCAAUGGGCACGAGGCCCCCCCUGGAUAAGAUCAUCGGCCCGUUCCAUGCCGAGGGGGACGGGAACACCCACUGGAGAAAGGAGGUGCAGACGUGGGACUUGGUUAGCCUCUUCUCCUGCUUCGGCCACACCUACUCUGCCAGGCACCUCUACGCGGUGUGGAGCCACCUGCCGAUCACCGUCAGGUCCCACAAGAGAGGUGCCAAGAACAAGCAGCAGAACCUGCAGCGACGAGAGGACCACCGGGAUUUGAUGAAGGAGGCCAAAGAGUUUGUGAUUCUGCACGACCUCCCGGUGCCCACGACAAACCAGGAGUGGAAGCAGCUCUACCGCGAGAUCGGAUCAUUUUUCCCCGCCAAGGUCUUCAUCAACCGUACGCCUCAGGUGGUCUUGGAUCUCCCUGUUGCUGACAUCCAUGACUCCAAGCAGCACAUGCGCCUGAGAGCCGUAUGUGACGAAAGGAUCACCCUUCCUUUGAAGGCCUUCCGCCACUUCCCGGAGAUCUACAACAUGCUCUCCAACUCGCUGGGUCAAGAGUCGGUGGUGGAGGUCAAGAUGGCUUGGCGCUGCAACACCGUGCAGUGGUGGACAGCCCGCCUCAAGCCAGAGUACGCCGGCCCCAUCUACCGUAAGCUUGGCUACUCGGAGAGCCACAUCAAAGGCCUCGGCUUAGGGGAAAGGGACUCCUCAGCUGCCUUUGGCGCUGAAAGGAUCCCCCUGGACCCGGCGUCGGAGCAGGAGCGCGCUCUCCCGCCCAUCACCCCGGACAAUGUCACGAGCGUGGCCUCGGACGACUACAAGAAGAAGAACACGGGGGAUAAGACGGCCCACGUCUUCUGGGCCAAGAUGGAGUGUGGCCUGGUCCUCAGCUCCGUCUCCCCGUGGGAAAUCGUUGACAAGAAGAAGGGUGAGACUCGUGGGGGCUACGUUUGCCGCCACUGCAAAGGGUUCUGGCGAAGUGGCAGAGGGGCCAGCCGUUUCCUUCUCAUCACGGGGGAACACAAAGGGAAGUCGGCCCAGCUCCAGCUCAUCCUGGACGAGCCCCCCCAGAACCUCUACGAGUCCUGGGUCAAGGACCGGAUCGAGUUCCGUGAUCGCUCCCUCCGGGUCAACCCGAGCCUCAGCUCCAGGCUCCGGUUCAGCAAGACGAACCUCAUGGGCCAGGUCUCCGACAUGAUCUGGUCGGUGGUGCUCUCCAACCCGGAGCGGGAUGGCCUCAAGAAGAUCCACGAGCUUGCGGCAUCCCGGGUCCGCCCGGCCUGA